CUCUGUGGCUCAAGAUGGAGGAUCUGGGGGACACCACUUGUAAUAUUGUGAUCAGCACUGAACCAUCACCUCACCGUAAGCCCAUCAUCUUUGAUCCGGAUUUCUUUGUGGAAAAACUUCGUCAUGAGAAGCCGGAAAUCUUUCUGGAGCUAGUUGUGAGCAAUCUGACACGCCUAAUUGACCUGCCAGGCACAGAAUUUUCACAGCUCAUCGGUGAUGAGGAGCCCAAGUUGCCAACUAACACCGGUUUCUUCCGCUCAUUUAACUUCCUGAAGCGCAAAGAGAAGGGUGUUGUAUUUGGAGCUCCACUGACCGAAGAGGGAAUCGCUCAGGUUUAUCAGCUCAUUGAAUAUCUUUACAAAAAUCUCCAUGUAGAGGGCCUGUUUCGUGUUCCUGGGAAUAUUGUGCGACAGCAGACCCUGAAGGAAGCCUUAAACACUGGAGCAGACAUAGACCUGGAUUCUGGAGAAUUUCAUCCAAAUGAUGUAGCCACUCUGCUGAAAAUGUUCCUUGGGGAGCUUCCAGAGCCACUUCUCAGUCAUAGGCACUUCAAUGCCCAUCUCAAAAUAGCAGGUCUAAUGGUGUUUGACGCCACAGGGAAAAAGCCCAUCCCUGACAAGGAGCGCCGGAUUGAGGCUCUCCAGCUGCUCUUACUGUUGCUACCCUCGGCCAGUCGGAACUUGUUAAAGUUACUGUUAGACCUGCUGUACCACACUGCCAAACAACAGCACAGGAACAAGAUGUCUGCCUCCAACCUGGCACUAAUGUUCACCCCACACAUCCUCUGGCCCAGAAAUUUGGUUGCUGCUGAUCUCCAGGAGAAUAUCACCAAGCUGAAUAAUAGUGUGGCAUUUCUGAUUAAACAUUCCCAGAAGCUUUUCCGGGCACCAGCAUACAUCCGGGAACUUGCCAGACUACAGUUCACAGGUUCAAAAAUUGCAGUUUCAAAGGAUGACCUGGAUCUGAAGCCAAUCUCAGACUGCCCAGACUCGCUGUCAGUGAGUGGAAUGAAGCGGAGCCGCCUGCAUUCAGUGGUGAGGAGUGAAGAGACACAGCAGCGGACCGAAGACGCCCUGAGGGAAUUGUUUAAGCACGUCAGCAACAUGCCUGAUUCUGCCAAAAAGAAGAAACUCGUGAGACAGUUUAAUAAAAGCUCUGUGGUCGGAACUCCAGAAGGAUUUGCUUCGCCUAGAACCAAGAAACAUGUGCGCUCCCGGUCGUUUGGAGGCCUCAUUAAGCGUAAGGUUUUAGGUGGUCACUCCGCAUCAGAAAGAAAGGGCAGGAUUCUGCUAUCUGAUGUGGCGACUCAGAGCUGUGAGCAGCCAAGGGAACAAGGGAAGGAGAAUCUGGAUCAGAAGCCUGUGGAACUGUCAUCUCUGCACUUCAGUCACCUCCGGUCAAAGUCAACAGAUGAGAUUCUCAGUGAGAGGAAGAAAGUGCCCAGAGGGAUUCGAAUGGUCAUAACGCAGGAGUCGGCCAUGUAGCCCCAGUAAAAUGGUGAAGAUUCGUCUGAGAGUCAAGACAGCCACUGAUGUGAACUGAAAUAUUGGUGUUUACAAAGACAUUAUAGAAAUAAUUCCCUGUGGAAAAAAAGACUAAUUUUAUACAGUCUGGGAUGAAACUGGCUGAUGACUAUCAAGGGACAAUGGAUCGUUGGUUAAACAACUCAUCUCCAGGGAUGAGCUUGGAUACGUGGAUUUGAAGGGCUUGGGUGUGAGAAGUGAGCGUGAGCGGUAAGUUGCAGAAAGGUGGUGAGUGACUGGAAAUGAGCCUGCUGCUUUGACAGUGUUUUUCAGAACAUUUAGAUUAUUGGCUGUUACUACAUAAAAUGCUACCUGUGCAGAAUAUUACACCACCUUUCACCAGGUCUUAAUACAGAAGAACAUGGAGCCAAAACAAAAGCUCAUCAGGGUGAGGGUGGGAGCUCGAGGCAGUGGGGUGGAGGUCAGGAGUGUGCUGGUGUUGUGAAGAGAAUUGUGGAUUGCUUCCAUGUCAUUGAGGGUCUGGAUUCUAGACAGUAACUUAGGCUGAGCUAGAGCCAGUAUUUGCAAAGCUGCCCCAGCAGACCAUUGACUGAUGUCAUUAAUUUACUGGGGGGUCUUUAUUUUGUGUUAUGGCAAAUAUAUUUGCCCAUCUCGUCUGCCUGGAUUUGCAGGGCCAGGCAAUACAGAGGUGUGUCGGUAACAGUUUAAGUGAGACACCUCUGCUGCCUGCCUGCAGAGAAAUACAACUGAGAAACGUUGGUCUUUCAAGUCAGUGGGAGAGUUUAGUGUCUUGGUGCAGGGAAGAUGCAGUGAGCUUAUGGAAAGAGGUCAUGUUGGAAGGUUGAUGUUAAAGGUCAAGAGAUAAUAGUGGAAAGUAUAAUCUGGUAGAAAUCCAUUGAUAAAAUACUUAAUUUUUACUGAAUCAAUAUGUUCUUUGAGGGUGCUGGACUUGCAUUUAUCUUAUUAACUAGGUCCAAGACCAGUCUCUGUGUAUUCUAUACUAAUGUCAUGUUAAAUUGGUCUAUGGUGGUUGCUGGCUGCCCAUGGGUGUAUAGGAGAAUGAAACUUCGUUUUGUGAACAGGGAGACCAGGUUCCUGGUCUUAUUACUUCUCUACAUCACAUUGGUCUUAGCCAGAGCUUGGUUUUAAUCUCUCAACUGAGAUAUAAUGGGCUCAGUUAAAUUGCACUGUACAAUGCACGGCUGUUAGACCCCAUAAAUUGAGUUUGUGUGAUGGUAGUCUAAUGUUGGUGCUUUUCCCUAAUGAACUGGCACCAGUUCAGUGCCUAUAUGUUUGUGUGAAUUGGCUCUGAAAUAAUGUGAAUCUUUUAUACUGUGAGUGGCCAUGGCCUCCAAACUUUUAACAUCCAUGUGCUUGUAUUUAUGCUAUGUAUAAUAGAAUUUUUUUGUUUAUAUUUUUGUAUUACACAGACAAUAAUUCACUUUUGGUAAGAUGAAAGAUACCAACACUCAGUUUGUAAGUCUCUGGCAUUCUUUACCUAGAGGCUGGGCUCUUUCAGUCUGACGUGAGGGCCCUAGCAAGCAGUAGUAUUGAGAAAUAUUGGCAUAGUUAUGGAUGGAUCAGCCUUGAUUUUAAUGACCCUUGAGUUGGUGCUGCAGUUUAGCCUGCCUAAUUAGUGAGUAUCCACAUUAUUUCUCAGUCACACAGGAAUGUGUCAAACUAAUAGCCCAACUAACUAACCCCUAUUGCCUUUCACAAUGUCCGUAUCCUUCCAUUCUCUACACAUUCAAGUGCACAAGAGCCUUUCUGAAGAACUCUAUCUUCUCUGCCUCCACAACCACUU